AUGAUUCGAUUCUCAACAGCAGCCCUCUUGCUGUUGGCGGUGGUACCCUCUUGGGUGGAUGCCUAUGGUGGCUUUUUUGGACGUCCGGAACAAGAGUAUCAACUGACUUCUUCGGGCGAUGCAGUAGUCUUGGGUGUCCAGCAACUGGACGACGGUAGCCAAAAGGUGCAACUGCAGGUCCAAAUGGAUUUCUCCGGAGGCGACGAAAAUUUUGGUUGGAUUCUCCCCUUGCCAGCAGCUCCUACCAAACUGGAAGUAGGAUCUUCCCUGCUCUUUCACGCGCUCUUUCAAGAAACCUUGCCUCGUUUUGAACUCGUAAUUGAAACCAACGCGGCGGCAGAUACCACUGUUAGUCGUCAAGGAACCGAAGCAGCUGGAUUUACCGUCUGCGAAAACAAUGUCUUGUUUGAUCAACAGUGUCCCGUCCAAGGACCCACUCGCGGGAGACCCAUUCGAGGUAUUGAUUUUGCGGCCGACUUGGGCGACUUUGGCCGUGCCGGUGUCUUGGACUACCAAGUCUUGGACGGAGACAAAGAUGCCGUCAAGGCGUGGUUGCAGACGAACGAGUUCUUGGCCACGAACAAUGGCAAUAUUGACAAUGUCUUGAACUACUACGAUGCCUUUGGAACCGUCUAUGUAGCCGUGCGAGUCGCUCCCGACACUCCUGCCGGGGCCAUUCAGCCUCUCUCGGUAGAAUACAAUCUGCCAGCCACUACCAAAGCGCACAAGAUACCCACCCUGCUAGCCAUUACCGACACUCCUCAAACGUUGCAGUUGUACUUUUUGAGUGAUCAAGCCGACACUCGCGCUGUUCCCGUCAACUAUUUGGAUGUUACACUGGAUGAUGUCUUUGUCGACUGGGUCGGUUGUCUGGAGGGAGAGGAGUUCAGUGUCGAUGCCUGCUACUACAAGGAUUAUCUCAAUCGAUUCGCCAGGGCCGUCGAACCGGUCAACAAUCUCACCGUGACCACCGAGUACUACGGACCUGCUUCUGUCGUAAGUGACAAGAUUGGCAUUAAUCUGGUACCCGCCGAUUUGGAAACGACCGCCAAUUGGUUGGAGUUCUUGACCGCCUUGGAAACGGCGGGAGUGCCACCCAUUCCACCCGUGCAGGCCGUUUUGGACCAGUAUUUGCCACCCAAGAAUUUCUUGUACGAGCCUCCCUUUCAAUGCGCCCAAUGGGAACACAUUUAUCAGCCCUUUCGUCUUGUCAAUCCUCGCAUGGAAGAUUGCUUUGACAUUUGGAAUCCUCCCGAAGGAUGGGAGUGGGAUCCCGUGGCGUUGACGGCCGCCUUGGAAGACGCCAUUCUGGCUCCGGCACGAUCCGGACAGCAAAUGAUUGACGGGACCUAUCAAACGCUCACUCGCAUGUACGGCAACCUGGUCACUCCCGCCUCGUCGGUCGAACCCUAUUUUGCCCUCGCCACGGGAAAACCAACCGUGAACAAUGUGCACCGUGCCACGGCGCUGCCACUGUGCGAUUUGAAUUCUCCCGCCGCCCUGGAAAUUACCUUGGAGAAUAGUGACGUGACCUUUUGGCAAAAUGCCAAACUGGUCUGUCCGACAUGGCAAAAGACGGCCCCCCGUCCCGUCUUUUCGAUUGAAGAUGCCACCACUCGGUCCAAUUCCAUGGCGUCAUCCUUUUCCGCCUUGACGGCGGCGCAGAAUGAAGGCAUUUCCAUUCCCCGCAAUGAAGAUGGAUACUUUGAACCCACCGAUAUCAAUAGUGCUUUGGAGCAAGCGGAUGCUACCCUGGCCGGAAUCACGGCCGACGAUGCCCCUGCCGAUGGAGUCCAGCAAUUCCCUGGAAUUCCCCAAGCUGGAACUCUUCAAAUUGAUGUCACGCCCAAAGAUGACGACUUUUGGCAGAGCAUGGAUGGUGCAGCGUAUAACAGCAGCGGUGCUGUUGUUAUGCAGUCCUUGACAGCGGCUGUUACUAUGACUGUGAUGAUGAUUGUGGGGGUCUUGCCAACGAGGUGGUAG